CAGCUCUUGUCGCUGCUGAAACACCACUCUGACCUCGUAUUACUUAUAGAUUUGCGCCGCAAACGAGAAUUUGAGUUCGAACAUAUAGACCUCGCAGAUCAUAUCAUACAGUUGGAGCCUGUGUCAAUCAGAGACAGCUACACCUGUCACGAGAUAGAAAAAUAUUCCAUGAUCACGGACACAGACGAAGAACGAGAACUGUUUGCACGGCGAGACCGCUUUGAAUUGGUUAUUGUUCUAGACUACAAUUCCACAAGGGAGUCCAAAAGUCCGGAACUUGCGCGAUUGAUAUCAAUACUGACCACCAAAAAUGCUGGGGUCUUUCUUAAGCGCAAACCGGUCAUUUUAGACGGCGGCUACAAGGCAUGGUCGGAGUCCCGAUCUUCUCUGUCGUCGCCAAUGCAUGGGCCCCGGCCCGUUUAUGGACGUGACCGGUCGGAGUCUGUGAACUCUAUCUCCAGCCACGAAGACAUCACAGUCAAACGACGGACGUCCUACAACGAACGGUCGCUCAUCAAGAAUGUCGGUGAAUUUCUUUCUGGCCAGUCCAGACCGCAAUCCAGCCAGAGCUCAGUCGAACUCAAGUCCCCUGCAGUCGUGCCCUACCAUGAAAUGUAUAGCCGCAUGGACCUCCCGUCCCCAAAACCCGAAUUGUCCAAAUCAUCGAGCUCACCGUCACGGCCUUCUCCUGCAUUGUUGUCGCCAGCGCUUCUUCCCAGCUCGCGAAGCUCGCCGCCUAAAGCGCAGCUACCAAUGCUGCCAACGAAACCUAUAUCGUCGCCGGCACCAGUCUCCAGAUCAGGCUCUGUGUUCCAGAACUCUCUAAGUGUCAUGACUGGCCUGACAAACCUGGGAAAUUCCUGUUACAUGAACUCUGCGCUCCAGUGUCUAAUUGGCUCCAAACGACUUACCGAGUUCUUUAUUGUCGGCACAUUCAAACAGCACAUCAACAUGAAUUCCAGACUGGGAUCAAAGGGCAUACUGGCGAACGAGUUCUCAUCGUUGCUGACAGAACUAUACAGGAAAAGCAGUCCCAGCCGUCCGCAAUCGGUAACGCCCCGUCAGUUUCGCAAAGUGAUAGCAUCUCUCAAUAGCAUGUACAGAACGUUGGACCAGCAGGAUUGUUCGGAGUUUUUGAACUACGCGCUCGACUCCCUCCACGAAGACCUCAACGAGAACGGCAAUCAUCCGAAAUUGCCCGAGCUGAGCAAAGAGGAGGAAGAAAAACGCGAGAAACUGCCAAUUAGAAUCGCCUCGACAAUCGAGUGGGAACGGUAUCUCAAAACCAAUUUCAGUAUCAUCGUGGACAUUUUCCAGGGCCAGAUCAUGUCGCAGCUCCGGUGUCUGAACUGCUCCACCACUUCGACCACAUACAACGCAUUCAGCACUGUGAGUUUGCCGAUUCCCGAGAACGGCCCCAAAUCCACGCUGGCUGCUUGUUUUGACGAGUUUGUCAAACCCGAGCUGCUCGAAAACGACAAUGCGUGGCUCUGUCCGCACUGCAAAACAAAGCAACGUACGCUGAAGCACCUCCAGAUCUCCAGACUGCCCCAAGUGCUUAUCAUCCACCUCAAACGCUUCAAAAUGGGCAACUAUCUAACCAAGCUCAAUACCUACAUCGACUAUCCUUUGGAACUGCAGCUGGAUAAGUAUUGGCCCAACGUUGGGAGCGAGCUUGAACGCCUCGAGCUUAGCAGACUGCCGAUCAGAGGACAAGUUCCGCCUUUCAGAUACAAGCUAUACGGAGUGAUCAACCAUUAUGGAAACCUCAUCAACGGCCAUUACACUGCCUUUGUCGAGAAGGGACCGGGCAACGGCUGGUGUCUAUUUGACGACGAAAAGGUGUAUAAAAACUGCGCGCCAAGUAAAGUUGUCAACGGAGACGCGUACAUGCUAUUUUACGAACGUGUCUAA